AUGCGAGAAUCACGCCGGCUCCUGGUGUCGCCAUCCGGCGUAACAAUCAAGAAGCGCAGCUGGUCCCAGCUCCUCACGUCACCCAGCGUCCUCAGCCUCGUCUUUGAGGGCUUCCCAGAUAGCCGCCCGUCGCUCAAGAUAGAGAGCAUAGAUCCCCGACCACUCGUCCGCCGCGAUAUUGGGCUGCUGCCGGGGAUCGGGUUCUUCUGGCUGGUGAUGACAACGCUGUGGAUGCGUCCGCCGGGAGAGAGGGGAAGGAGAGGGUUUUGCAUGGACGCGGAGGGCUCUGCCGCUCAUUAA